CUCUAACCCUAAGGCCUACUUGCGUGACUUCAUGUUCAGAACGCUCAAGUUUUACAUUUAAACACAACCCAAUUGGUACAAUGGAAGGAAAGGAGUCUCCUGAACGCGCAAAUUCGUCGAGUCCUUCUACGUCACAAACGGCGUCCGGAGCAUUCACUCAUUUUCAACCAUACGCACGCUCCAAGGGACCUAUUCUUGGUCUGGGGACAUUAUUUGCAGUCUCAGCCAUCAUUCCAUCCACUGUCGUUCAUCCAAAUGUUUACUUUCCUCCAUAUCUCCACCGGGUCGGCUUCUCCCUGGUUUUUGGUGGCGCCGCGUAUGUCCUAGGGGCUGGUGACGCAAGGAACGGCAGCGGAAUAGCUACUGCUUGGUCAUUGACAUACCUCUUCUUGCACCUGCGGCAGUCCCUAAAACCACCAUUUUAUCCAAUAACACUUGCAAUGACGGCAGGCACAGCUGCAUGUGCAGCUUUGUAUGGCACAGAAUAUUUCAUGUACCAGACCUGAGUCACAGAACUUCUUUGGUCCUUCCGAUCAUCCUUACGCCCACUGUUUUUACGCCACGAUGGAAGGGCAUGUCUGUGGAGUCACUAAAAUGAUGGCUAUCAAUAAACUUUUACCUCGUGUUGCUAAGUCAGGCCGGGCCGCGGCUGUGAAUGGACGGGACUAAUUGCUUGGUAUCUACCCC